GCCUACCAAGCAUGUUUUUGGGAUGUGGGAGGAAACCGGAGUGCCCGGAGAAAACCCAUGCGGGCCCGGGGAGAACAUGCAAACUCCACACAGGGAGGGCCGGAGGUGGAAUCGAACCCGCACCCUCCUAACUGUGAGGCGGACGUGCUACCCAAGUGCUCCACCGAGCCGCCAGUAUAUAUAUAUACACAUCAUUCUGAUUAAUAUUGCGUUUGUGGAAUAUAUAUAAAAAACAUCCAUGCAUUUUUAUCCAUCAUCAGGUGGCCACUUCGCUACUUGCUGCUGACUGAAAAAGACAUCACAGUGCCUCUGGCUCAGCUUAUGAAUGUCACAUGAACAAAACCUGAAAACAUAAGUCGUGAUUGGUGGUUACCCAAUAGGUGAUCCCCUUCUUUUACUUACAAUAGGUAAAUGUGUUUGGCUCCAAAAAACGUGAUCAUUCAACACAUUCUUUACAAAUUUUGACACUGAUUACUUAGAGACCGACAUACAUUUUAGAUUUUAGUGUAAUUCUAUAAUUGUUUUUUUCACAACAUAUUAAAUAUAGAUUCAAGACCAAAUGCUUUUCAACUGAACUCUACAUCAUGUUAAAUUUGAUAUUACUGUAUACCAGUGCUUCUCAAUUAUUUUCUGUUACGGCCCCCCCUAGCAAGAGGAAAACUAUUCGCGCCCCCCCUCCCCACCGUGACUAUCCUAACUUGUCUUGUAAGUCGUAAAAUGUUGCACUGUCGCAAACGUGACAGAAGUAACAAUGAGAGCGCCACUGCCCCCUGCUGUAGUAAACGCGCAAUUACACUUUAUUCUAGUACUGCCAAAAAAAAAGCCUGUUCCCCAGGGUCACACGCGCCCCCCCAGGAAUAGCACCGCGCCCCCCAAGGGGGGCGCGCCCCACUAUUUGAGAAGCACUGCUGUAUACCUUGCCUGCCAAGAAGAAGUGGGUCUGGAGACCAAGGCCUCGGUUCAUAACGAACCCUGCAGUCAAGUUUAUUUAUUUGCUGUAAUUAUAGUCUUUCAUUUUGGUUUAUUUGCCAUUUUCAGUGCAAAACCACAUUGGGAAAAAGGUGCAAGUGCACACAAAGUGCACUGUCAACAUUCAUUCAUAAAACACAUAAAAAAAAUUCAAAAUUUAGAAACAAACAAAUUACCGUUUUUUUCCAUGUAUAAUACCCUAAAAAUGGCAUGUCGAUGCUGGAAAAAAGCCUGUACCCAUGUAUAAUACGCACCCAAAUUUUGACUCCUGCUUAAGUCCGUAAACGUAUAAUUAUUUCAGAAAAAAGAUCAUCUUUGGGAACAACCGGAUGUUAAUCUGACGGUCAGUAUCACUGCGCAUGCGCUAGCAAACUCAAUAGCGAAGAAAUGUUUCGGAUUUGUGUAGGGUACAUUGUGACAGCAAACGAGCAGGUGAUCGAGCAAGCGUCUGAUACGAGAGCAUUGUGUUCGCAUGGAGCGUGUUUGAAGUGAACAGCAGAGAAGAAAGCACAUCUGUAAUGGCGGCCUCCGUAUGAUAUCCGGAUUAAAAAAAUAAAUAAAAAUUGUACCCACGUAUAAUGCGCACCCCAGAUUUUAGGACAAUAAAUUAGUUAAAUUUUGCGCAUUAUACAUGGAAAGAAAACGGUAAAUAAGUUUAAAAAACAAGGUUACAAUAAAAUUGAAAUUAAGGCCUGCAUAGCGUUGUCUCCCAAAGGGAAGAAGUUCUAACAAGUUCCUGGCAGAAUACAGCGGGUCCUUAAUGAUGGCUGAGACAAAAUACUUUGUAAAAGUCUUCAAGGACAGAUAUUUAAACACUGAUGGUACUACUAGCGAAGUGAUUUCUAAAAAAGUAUUUUUUUUCCCAACGUCAUGUCCGCUCUUCACUGAUUGAUCCAGGCUUAUACUGUGUACCUACUACCUUUGCACACCAUUCAUCAAUAUGUCACUAAUUUCACAGAGGUGAAAACUAAGUAAGGACUUGAAAAGAGAGCAAGUACGUUUUCACGUUGCAUUAGAUUUACACUUCAAUAUGUUCCUAAAUUUUUUAGUCCCUUAUCUUAGCCAUGCACUACUUAGAAAAAUAUGUACCGUAUUUUCCGGACUAUAAGGCGCACCGGACUAUAAGGCCCACCUUCAAUGAAUGGCCCAUUUUAAAACUUUGUCCUUAUAUAAGGCGCACCGGACUAUAAGGCGCACCAUUAAUGCAUCAUGUCAGAUUUUUAAUCCAAAUCAAAUCAUUCUCCAUUUUAUCUUUUUCAUUUCAACUUCAGAUGCAACAAAUCACAAAAUAAUGAUCCAUAGUCUUUUUGAUUCAUGAUUCAUAGUAGUCUUCAGCGGGCCAUUUAUGAUUGAUUUCAUGACAUAAUGCUUCAGGCCAGUUUAAGUUUAGGAAUUUGGUCCAUAUAUAAGGCACACCGGACUAUAAGGCGCAUUGUCGGCUUUUGAGAAAAUUUUAGGUUUUAGGUGCGUCUUAUAGUCCGGAAAAUACGGUACAUUGAUUCAGUGAAUUUGAGGCUCAUUUGCUAAUGCAAGCCGUGUAGCCUACUGUACUCCUAGGGAUGGCUUUAGGAAUUAUUCUUACCCAGGGAUAAAGUGGGGAUAGACUGAUAUAGAGCGGGGCUGAGAAAAUAAUUUAAAACUACAUUUUAGAAUAUCAAAUCAAAUGCAGUAGGGCUGAACAGAUUUCGCUAUAUCCCUUCUAGUCCCAGUGUAGCGCCACCCCUGUGUCUUUUAAAUUUUGAGUAGUGCAUUAGUGUCAAAUAUCAAAAACUACUAUUACAUGCUGAUGAGCACCACAACCAUAAUAAUAAGCACAAGUGAGCAUGGAUAACAUAUUGUUAAGGAAUACUUUAAAACAACACGAUUGUAUUUGAUGGUAUUUGUGUUCCUAUAUUGUGGCAAGUAUGUGUAAUGUUUGUCCAAGUAAUUGAAAAGCAAUAUGUAAGGUCAAUGUUGGGAAGCUAUGUGGCAGAGUCGUUAUUGUGAUGUUGGACAAUGAGACUUCCUGCCUCUUACAUUACGGUACAGUACUGAUGCGCAUUGCAUUGUGGGGAUACAAACAAGAGGGCUGAAAGGCUAGCCGGUAUCUCAAACUGUUAGAAAAUAGCAAACGGGCUCUUAUAAUGACAACUUGGUAUGUAGUGAGGUCGAGUGAGCGUUGCCAGAGCUGGAAAUUAGCCGGAAUAACGCUGGGGAUGUAAGUUUUCCAGGAGAAGCGACAAGACACGUCGCGAGCAGCUUUUUGUCAGCUCAACUGUUCGGAUGCUCAGGCCCGGAAGCCAGAAGUGGCCUCUGUACUAAAAGCUUUCUGACCACUCGCUAGUAUAGUAGUAUGUGAUGAUAGUUACAGUGAAAGGACCAGGUUGUAAACUGGACGCCGCCAUCACGAGUAAUUGAGAGGAUACAGUUUCUCUACAUGUUCAGAAGCUGACUAACAUGGGAGUCAAAACUUUUACCCACUGCUCGGCAUCCCACAGCCAAGAGAUGCUCGAGAAGCUCAACACUUUGCGUAACCAAGGUCACUUGUGUGAUGUUACCAUCAGGGUUCAAGACAAACAUUUCCUGGCCCACAAAGUUGUCCUGGCCUGCUGCAGCGAAUUUUUCCGUUCUAAACUUGUGGGUCGGCCCGAGGAAGAGGACAAGUUUGUUUUGGACCUUCACCAUGUAACAGUUAGUGGCUUUGCUCCUCUGCUGGAAUACGCUUACACAUCAACGCUCUCCAUCAGUACAGAAAAUAUCAUUGAUGUCCUUGCAGCUGCAAGUUACAUGCAGAUGUUUGCUGUAGCAAGUACAUGUUCAGAGUUCAUGAAGUCCAGUAUUCUAUGGAGUCCAAGUAACAACAGUAACAGCACACUUGGAGCAAGCAAGCCCCUUGAAUCAGCACCUGAGAGUGCCUCAUCAAACUCUGCCCUCACGCCACUUGAUGGUAGCGUGUCACCUGUGUCAUCUGACUGUAGUGUAAUGGAGAGAAAUGUUCCCGUCUGCCGCGAAUCGCGCCGGAAACGGAAGAAUUUUGUAACCAUGGCUUCGCCUGAGAGUCCCCUCAAAUGCACUGCACAGAUGGUCACUACCUCCCCACAGGUCCCCAACCCAUCCCCUUCAUUUUCAGAUAGCACAGCCCAGCCUGUGGAGUCCUCCCUGGCCUUCCCGUGGACGUUCCCGUUCGGCAUCGAUAGGAGAUUCCACUCGGACAAGUCAAAGCUCCCAGAGAGCCCUCGGUGCCAAGAGCAGGCAGCAACAGUUACAUCUGAGGUGGCGGUUGGUCGGCGACUCAGUGACUUUUUGACGUGUGAAAGUUCCAAGGCAGUGUCACCACCUGUGCCGGCCGAGGAAGAAGAUGUGAGGGUGAAAGUUGAGCGCCUCAGUGACGAGGAGGUCCAGGAAGCACCUUCCCAUGCUGUCAGUGCCUCCCAAAGUUCACUCAGUGAUCAGCAGACGGUGCCAGGAAGUGAGCAGGUUCAGGAAGAUCUCCUCAUCAGUCCACAGUCAUCAUCCAUAGGAUCAAUGGAUGAGGGAGCGUCAGAGGGCUUGCCAUCAAUUCAGAGUGCCUCUAGUGCUGGAGGACAUGCCGAAGAUGAUGAAAGAUUGGAAGGUAUUCAAUAUCCUUACCACCUCUACAUUGGCCCAUCAGCCCGCCCUGGGACCAAUGGCCCGGACAGACCCUUUCAGUGUCCAACCUGUGGAGUUCGCUUCACACGCAUUCAAAACCUCAAGCAGCACAUGCUCAUACACUCCGGCAUUAAGCCUUUCCAGUGUGACCGCUGUGGGAAAAAGUUCACACGGGCCUACUCCUUAAAGAUGCAUCGGCUGAAGCACGAAGGUAAACGCUGUUUCCGGUGCCAGAUUUGUAGUGCCACAUUCACGUCCUUCGGUGAAUAUAAGCACCACAUGAGGGUCUCCCGACACAUAAUCCGCAAGCCGCGGAUUUAUGAGUGCAAAACGUGUGGCGCCAUGUUCACCAACUCUGGCAAUUUAAUUGUACACCUGAGGAGUCUGAACCAUGAGGCAUCCGAACUAGCAAACUACUUCCAGAGCAGUGAUUUCCUCAUGCCCGACUACCUAAACCAUGUGCAGGAGGAGGAGGAGGUGCUAGGAGUUCAAUAUGAAUUGGAAGAAUCCCAACAUCUGCCUGUCUAUGCGGGCAGCACCUCCACAUCCACUAGCAUUCCCGCCUCAGCCUCCUCCUCAGUCCAGAUGCCUGUCAUCUCCCAGGUUUCCUCCUCUACCCAGAAUUGCGAGAGCUCACCUGGCUUCCUUUCACCCGAUUCCAUGGAUCCACUGGAAGCUCCGACUUCCUUCAAGAUGGAUGCUGGUGGCAGCGCCACCCUGGCAGAGGAGACCAAGAUGGACAACAGAGAAGGAGGCAGUUCACCCAAAGUGUUUGGCCAUGAGCGCCAUCGGAGGCAGAAUCCCCAGGGUAAGGAGUUGGCUUCUAUCACCAUUGAGUGAUUCAAGUCUUCUUCCUGCCUCUUUUCUGCUACUUUGUUGUCAUGUCACAUGGGAAGAUCUGUGGAAUAUUGAUGCCAAAAGAGGUCAAGUGGACUUGUUCACACUUCAACAUCGCAGACACAAUCAUGGCAAGUUCUUUCAACACAUUUGUUACUGUGUGAUGGUUUUCCACCAUUUUUUUUAAUAACAAAUUGAUAAGGGUUUGAAACUAAGGGUAUUCAUCCCAUUUGACAGGAACGCACUGCCACUCGAGGUAUGUGAAAUUCUUGCCUUGUCCUUUUGGAAAGUGCCUAAGAAUAGAUGAGACACACUUAUGUUUGCCCACAAUAAUAAAUCAAGGCUUUUAGAAACUUUUAUUUUAUUUUAUUUAAUUUUUUAAUUGCCUUUACCAUGAUCAUGUCACUUUGUAUGGGUACACACCAGUCAUUUUCACUCUUGUUGCAUCAGACAGUUACAUGUCAAUAUUGUUUAUUGCAAUAUCUUCACACAAUAUGGCAACUGUUGUGGGGGAAAUGAUGUUAGGUGUGUGUACAUUUAUUUUCAAUAGAAUACAUGCAGCAUUAAUAUGUUCAAAACUUCAAGUGACACAAUUACCUAUGAUUUUUCCACUGUUUUUUUUUUCCUGAUAAUUUGUUUUUGUAAGCCAACGCUAGUCCAAUAUCAAGUCAUCUUAAAUCUUAUUAGCACUGGCAAGUACAGAUCAACAUUUUCACUGUUUCACAAUUACACAGUUGUGGUCUGAAAUUGGGCAUUGCCUCACAUAUCCAUCUGUUGUAGCAAGAAAACCUCAACUUUGAAAGCUACUUAUGACUUUAUGCUCUAUCACAUCUAUCAUUAUACAUUAUUAUAUUAUACAAUUGGGAGAAGAAUGGCAAAAGAGAAAAAAGCGGCUAGUUUAUUAUGUACUAAAAAACAAUAUCCAUUCUCCAUGUUUUUAAUGAAUUGGCACAAAAAAUACCAAAGUUGGAAAAGAAAUCAAAAUGCUGACUACGACAAGAGAGCAGUGUGAGUCACAAAUGUGAAAAGCGAAGCGGCAAAGUAGGUGAAACACAAAAUUUCAAUGACUGCCAAAACUCUUUGGCCACGCUAGACGGUGAUACCUUCAUAUUUCAAUUUGCAACGUUUUAGAACAGCUCCACUGUUAGUUUCUGAAACGAGUGCUAACAAAUCCAAAUGUAGCAUUUAAUUCCAGUUGCAAUCCGGCUUGCUCAUGUUAUUUAAUAGACUUUUUUUUUGUGCUAUAAUAUUUCUGCCCAUGUGCACAUGUCCUCUUUUCACUUGCUUUUCAUACAUGAGCUUUGUAUUUAUACUUUAUCCAAACGCAAUAGGAACAUUUCCGGGCUUCAUAGUUUCCCCUUUUUAAAUACCCGGAAAAGAGAAAUGAACAGCUGGAUCACAAAUGUUUGUAAUCUUUAUUUGUAAAGUAACUACCGUAGUUUCCCGACUAUAAGUCGCAUUUUCUUUCAUAGUUUUCUACUUAUACUGAGGAGCGACUUAUAUGUGCAUUUUUUCAAAAAUUGUCAAAAAAAAAACAGUGAAACCGCGAUGUAGCAAGGGAUUAUUGUAAUUUGAAUUUCAAGUGACGUCAGCAGCGCGGCGUGGCGCGGCGGGUGUUUACAAAAAGGACAAAUAUUUGAUCACGGGAUGACGAAGAUGACAAAGGGCCCCACGUACUACCGGCAUCAUUAGCGGCUUUGUUUGUAAGUGACACGGAGGACGAAGAGUUUGAAGGAUUUAAUGAUUUGGAGUGACACAGGUUUGAAAAACUAUUAUGGCUUUUACGCACGCCCGGUGCUACUCUACGGAGCUCUCUUUCACCUCCGUGGAUAGAAGUCGGGCGCCGGUGCUCGGCCGGGUGGCUGUCCGGGGACGGUGGAUGAGGCUAGGACACGGCUUUUACGCACGCCCGGUCCUAUUCUAUGGAGCUCUCUUCCACCUCUGUGGCUGGAAGUGCCACCUCCGGGGAUGAAAGUCGACGCCGGUGCUUGGGUCCUUGUACUUUAACGCUACAAUAUUGUUAUAUACUAGAUCUGUGGAAUAACGACGAGGCUGACGUCAGGGCGCACGCGCGGCGUUGUUGACCAAGGACGAGGAAUUUGAUCGAUGGAUUUAAUGAUUUGGAGUAACACAGAUGGUUUGAUAAUAUGAUUGCUUGUAUUUGAUAUAUAAUUUAUAUAUCGUGAUAUGGGCCUGUGGAAUAUUUUGAGGUGCAAGUGCCGUCAGCGGCGCGCACCCAUUGUUGACAUAAAGGAUGAUCGAUGGAUUUAAUGAAUUGGAGUGACACAGAUGGUUUUAUAAACGUGUUAUUUAUGUAAUAGUUAUUGAAUAACUCUGAAUGUUACGUCAGGCCCGUUCUCAGCUCUUCGUUUGUGUUUAUGUCACGUUAGCAUACCUAUUGUUUAGCCUGUUGCUCGUUCACGUCUGUUCUUGGUGUUGGGUUUUGUCUAAUAAAUUUCCCCCAAAAUGCGACUUGUACUCUGGAGCGACUUAUAUAUGUUUUUUUUUCACAUUAUUGUGCAUUUUAUGGCUAAUGCGACCUAUAUUCCGGAGCGACUUUUAGUCCGAAAAAUACGGUAGUUGCGUAACAGUUAUGCAAAGUAUAUUGCAUGACGGUUGGAAGUUUGUUUCAACACGAUUGUCUUUUCUAGAAAUGUUAUCCCUGCGUGAUGAUGAUCCCAAAGCACGUUGUGCUUGUUGUUUCCCUUGGCCACUUUUUCAAAGCAGAGCUGCUUGGUAUCAUGUGAAGAGAUUAUUUGUUGUUGGAUGUUAUGUCGUAGUCGUUGUUUUGUUCUUUGUGUUCUUUUUUUGGAGGAGGGUGGGGGGCAAACCUUUGUGUGUUUGCAACUGUUUAGAAACACUGAUACUGAUCAAGAUAAAGACACACAUAUUCUUAUUAUCCAUAAGUUGAAUGCUACUGACUGACUGGAUUUAAUAUCUGUGUUUUUUGCAGCUGCCACUUUAGUUUCAAAUAGGAAGAUAUAAACAUUUUUUUGUCUUAUUCUCCAUUUUAUAAAUGAGUUGAUUGUACAAAUGAGCGUUGUACGGUUUUGUAACUGUCACAAUUUUUCAAAUUCACUGAGUGAUGUCUUAAGAUUGUGUGUCACACGGUGCCAUUGUGUGAGACACCUUUUCAAAGUUGUGCCAUUUGACUUUUUGUUAGACUAAAAAUGGAGCUCUCGCCCAUAGGACCAAAUGUUCUCUUAUCUCAUUUAAGGUUUUGCCCUGGCAAUCAGUAUUUGCACAUAAAAGGAGGAGGAUAAUCAUGCAAGUGGUCCAUGCAGUUUAUUGAAGAGGUUCUGCUGUUUUGCCCUUGAAAACAAAACAAAACAAGAAAAAUGUACAAUGUUGUGCAUCCGAGAGGCUAGCCUUAGUAAAUGGACCUAUUAUCUCUAAUUGCACAUUAUCAAACAUUUAUACAAUUUUUUUCUCCAAUUGUCCAUCAUACUCUCUUUAUUUGUGUCAAUGGGGAGUGUGUUUUUGAAUUUUUUUCUUUUUGAUAGAUAUACGUAUAUACAUGAAAAUGCUGCUGUAUGCUGAAAAGUGCCCGAACUAUUUUUGUGAACUAAUAUGUGUGCAAUAAAUAGGUGUUGUUUAAAUUUAAAAUCCUGUUCCUGGAAUGCUAAAUUAUGUUUGUAUUUUAAAAAAAGAAUGUAUGAUUUUAUUUUUAGAAAAAGAGCCCAUUUGAUCUGUGAAACAAGAUGUUGCUUCCGUUCUGCUCCUUUAUGUUCUUCUCUGAAGUUGCAUGUUUAUGCUACAGUAUGUAAAGUUGAGAGCACUUUGUGUUUAAUUGCUGAUGUGGUCUGGUAAGCGUAAUGUGUUGAUUUCACAGCCUAGUUUUGGAUCCUUUGCUGGAGCAUGACCUUUGUUUUCCCACAUAUUCAGUCCUUUUAUGCGCAAUGUUUUAACUAUAUCUUGAUUAAAUACAAUAUAUGCCUUUAGAGUGUACACGUGGUGUUGUAUACCAGUUUUCUACCAGUCUAUGCUUUAUUUAAAAGUUGUCUUCAUAAUAGGAUAUACAUUGGUGAAUUUUAUAUCAUGGUCACUGUUUGAUGGCAUCUUGUUAAAUGUGAAUAGAACCAAUUGAGUUGGGAGUAUGUUUGAGUAGUUUUCGAUCUGUGCAUGUACAAUAAAUAAUAAUAUGCAGUAAAUACUUGGCACGGUGGAGCAGUGGUGAGCACAUCCGUCUCACAGUUCGAAGGUGUAGGAUACGGCUCCGGCCUUCCUGUGUGGAGUUUGCAUGUUCUCCCCGUCCCUGCGUGGGUUUCCGCAAGGUACUCUGGUUUACUCCCACAUUCCAAAAACAUGCGUGGAAAGCCAAUUGAACGCUCCAAAUUGCCCAUAGGUGUGGUUGCAAAUGUGAAUGGUUGUUUGUCUAUGUGUGCCCUGGGAUUGGCUGGCAACCAGUUCAGGAUUUACCCCGCCUACCGCCCAAAGUCUGCUGAGAUAGACUCCAGCAUGCCCGCGACCCUCGUGAGGUUGAGCACUCUGGAAGAAAAAGAAAUGAAUGCAGUGUAUAUACAAAGUAUGUUGCAUAUUCUUUAUACUGUAGGUUACUUGAUUACAACCUGCUUUCAGGAUAAAAAGUAUUUUAUGUCUUUGAUACUGUGCUGUUUUGAGAAACUGUCUAAAACAUCCCGGCUAGUGUUAUAAACUGCACAUUAGGGAGAACCGAUGUGGUGUGUCUGAGAUUGUUUUACAGCUGGCUCUUAAAAACUGACAACUGAGCACUCUCUAGUUUAAAGUUUGUGGUUGUACUGAUUCUGAAUUUGCUAGUGUUCUGGCUCUGCAGUCCUGUUAGUAAAAAGGGUGUUUUUUGUAAAUGCAUAACAUGCAAAUAAAAAGUCAACUAAU